AUGUUAAUAUCACUUGUUAAAACUCAACAAAUAUUGUCUUCCUAUGGUCUUUCAACAUCUCUUGUUUUCGGCAUCGUUGGUAAUAUUCUUUUAAUUUGUGUUCUUGUUCGACGAAAACAUCCGAUUAAUUCAUGUUCACUGUAUCUACUCUCAAUUACAAUAGUUAAUUUGAUUAUUAUACAAUUUAUGCUAGUAUUAGUUAUUUAUUCAGCUAAUAAUCCUAAUCCAGAGCAUAAUUCACUUGUUUGGUGUAAAAUUCACAGCUAUGUUUUUGAUGCUUUAAUCAUGCUUUAUCGUUGGUACAGAAUAGCUUCUUUUGUUGAUUGUGCUGCGAUGUCUAGUCGUCAUGUACGGGUACGUUCGUUUAGUCAAGCUCGCGUUGCUUGUCGAACUGUUCUAACCAUAACAUGUGUUUGCCUUUUAAUACCGCUUCAUUUGGCUGUCUAUUUCCGAAUAGAAUUCGAUCGAUGUGUUCCUCAAUCUGGUAUAUAUGCAAAAAUUUUUAGUAUAUAUUCUAUUUUCAUUUCUGGAUGGAUACCGCCGCUGGUCAUGGCGGUAUGCGGUGCAAUUGCUUAUCGAAAUCUAAAAAGGUCAAGAGAACGAGUACACUCAAGGCAUCUCCAUUAUAUUCAUACUGACAGUUUUGCAAUAAAGGCAAAUAAUGAAAGUAUUCACAAACGGGAUCAACAAUUAAUGUUAUUGAGCGUAUGUGAAAUUAUUCUUUAUGUUUCAACCAAUAUUCUUUAUUCAGUGAAUGUCACAUAUUCAACACUUACAUAUGAUCAUGUGAAAAGUGCCCAAAGAAUCCAGAUCGAAUCGUUUAUUUCUCAUUUUUCACUAGCAUUUCUUAUAAUAGUUAAUAAUGGAGCUUCGUUUUAUCUUUAUUCAAUUAUUUCUAGUAGAUUUCGAAAAGACUUCGAAAGUCUGUUCAGUCAUUGCUUUGAUUAUUGCAUGCAAGUGAAACCUCCGCAAAACAGUCAAUCUACAAAAUUCAAUACUAAAGUUACGAUGAAUUAA